AUGGCAAGAGGAGGAGGAAGAGCAGGACGUCAUGGCCAAGGUGGCCGUGGAAGAGGAGGAGGAAGAGGACAACCAAGUCGCCCCCGUGGCAGAGCCUACACUCGCAAAGAGUUUGAAACUGUGUUUGAAGUUCUUCGAGUGUGGCUUCCUAUCACUGCUCCUGAAUGGAUGAAAUGUGCUGAUCUCAUCAAUCAGAAACUUGAGCAGCCUCGUCCAUGGGACUCCAUUCGCCAGAAAUUCAACAAGUUGAUCUGUGCAGUUGAACCUUCAGGUGACACUGAACCUGGUUGGGAAGUUCUUCAAGCCAGGAGCAUAGCUGCAGAGAUUGGGAUCCGAAUGGAUGGAUCAAGUGGAGGGUCUGAUGAUGAGUUUGUUGCCGGCGGCAGUGAUAGUGACAAUGAUGAUGACAGUGGUGAAAAUGGUGGCAAUAGCAAUGGCAACGACAACGACAACGGAGGCGUUGCCACAAACCACCAAGACAAUAAUAUCAACGGAGAGGCCUCCAAUGAUACUGGCGAGACUGCAAAUGAUGGCGAAGCUGAGGCUUCUAGAAAUUGCGAGGGUGCUGCUGAAGAUGACAAUAUGCUGGACGAGGCACAAAGGCUCCAGGCACAAAUGGAUCGCUACCGUGCGGCUGCAGAAAGUUCUUCUGAGGAUGAAGAAAUCACACGGUUGCUUCAAGCUGGACUACCAAGCGUCAGCCUUGGUCCAUCUUCAGCUUUGAGAUCAACUUCUCCCACCCCACAGGCUGGUGGACGAUCCAAAUCAACUUCUCCCACCCCACCAGCUAGUGGGCGGUCCAAAUCAAAUUCUCCCACCCCACCAGCUGGUGGAAGCCCAGUGACAAUGGGAGAUAAAGUUUUUGGUUUUGCACCCCUUUCCCGGCCACCUCCUUCCAAGAAGUCUAAGAAGGAAGAUCCUGUAGCUUCAGCUAUUACUUCAGUUGCUACAGCCGCCAUGGAUGUCUAUCAAAAGACUGAGUCAAUGAAGAAUGCAAGAUACGAGCGCGAGGCCAAAGAUAGGAAUGCAAGACAAGAUCGCGAAAUGAGAUUGCAGAUUGAACAAGCUAGACAAAAUGAAGCAAGAGCAGAACGCCAAUUCAGAAUGCAGUUGGAACAAACUUGCAUGGAGAUGCAACUCCAGAUGCAGCAGAGCCAGCAACAGAUGCAGAUGUUUGCACUCCUUGCUGGUUCUUCUACUGCCUCAAAUCCUGUGAACCCUUUCAGCAGCCCCACUGCUCCUGGUGGCAGAAACAUGCCGAGCCAGCUUCUUUCAGCCUCAAUGGAAUUGCAGACCCAAGAGGCAACACAAGAAACCAUUGUCGGUACUGUGGAGUCGCCUCUUGCUGUUAUUGAUACUGAAGUUGAAAAUAGUGACAUAUCAACAGUGUCCAGUGUUUAUGAUACCUUUGAUCCUUCUCAUCAGAAGCAACAUUACUACCAGAAGAGCAAGAAGUUGACUGGAAUCAACAAGAUUACUCCUCCAAAGGAUGCUCCAAAGGGCCCUCCAAAGAAGUAG